AUGGUGAUGGUCAAAUACAUUUUUCUUGCCCUUCAUGCAACCUUAUUGGCGUCAAUUGCAGCUCUAGUUAACAAAAGAGUUUCCGAACCAUACAUGCAAGAAAAGGCCCAACGUUACUGUGAGGGAGAUUAUCGGAGCUGGGACCCGAAAUUAACUACACCUCCAGGCUUAUAUGUAAUAAGCAACAUUAUUAUCAUCUUGCCAUUUCUUAAUUGCUCUACUUCGAUUCUGCGUGCAAUCAACCUUGGAUUUGCGCUUGGUCUUUAUCUAGUGAUAUGGCGAAUUCUUGCUCGAUUGCAUCCGUAUCAAAACGAUUAUGUUCGUAGUUUCAACGCGUUCACAUUGAGUUUGUUUCCGGUUGGGUGGUUUUAUAAUUUCUUGUAUUAUACCGAUUCCGGAUCUACUUUUUUUGUGUUAUUGGCUUAUUUGAUGGCUAUUGAGAAAAAGAUAAAGAUUAGCGCUUUGAUGGCUACAGCCAGUAUAUUUUUUAGACAAACAAAUGUAAUUUGGUUACUUUUCAUCUUGGGAGUAUCGAUUGUAAAUGCGUUGUCUGAUACAAAAAAAAAUCAAAAAUCUGAUGAGAAUAAACAAUUAUUGAUAGUCAAGGCUAUAAAUAUAGAUUCGUUGGAACAAUCCUUUCAACAAAUCGCAAAUUUCAUUCAACUGGCACUCCAAAAUAUAAUAUUUCUUUUGAAAUCUUUUUUCCCAUUUCUGCUCAGUCUGAUUGGAUUUACGAUAUUUCUUAAAUGGAACGAUGGAGUUGUCUUGGGAGAUAAAUCUAAUCACAUAGCGAGAAUGCAUUUCCCACAAAUAUUUUAUUUUGUUUGCUUUACUUUUGGAUUUGGAUCACCGCUUGUUUUCCGAUUCAGUAAUUUCAAUUUGAUGCCUGAUUUUGUGAAUAUUCGAUCUCCUGGGUAUGAACAUCCCUUCCUACUUAGUGAUAAUCGCCAUUAUACUUUUUACGUUUGGAAGAACAUUUAUCGCCGUCACGUAAGCGUGAAAUACCUAUUGAUCCCCGUUUACGUGAUUCUUAUAAAGAUCCUAUGGGUUGCAUUAGCAAAUAAUCAGUCCUUUCUGUGGAUCCUGAUUUACACAGCUGGCACCUGCCUCUCAUUAAUUCCAUCGCCAUUACUAGAAUUCCGGUACUUUAUCAUCCCCUUUUUCAUUUACAGAUUACACAUUCGACAGCCAACUACAUCAACUACUAUCACGCCAGAACUGCAACACCUAGUACUAGAAUUUCUUCUGUACGCAUGUGUAAAUAUCGUGACUGGCAUUUUGUUUUUAUGGCGUCCGUUUGUUUGGGAGCAGGAAGAAGGCAAAUUGCAACGUUUUAUGUGGUGA